AGAACCACUGUUUAAAUCUUUCAAUUUCUAUAUCUUCUUCCCUACUUUAUGGAUAUGAAAUGGGUUGGUCUUCUUGUGUUUAUUAUAAAAUUUCCUUGCUUCGUUCAAGCUGAAACUGAUUAUGCCUUUGCUAACCAUUCAAACACUUGGAUUAACAAUGACUUUAUUACCAGAGGAAGCGUAGACUUUGUUGAUGGAUCUACUAUUAGACCUGUCCUGCUUAACAAUAGCAACCCUUUUGAUUUCCCUGCUAUUGGUUGCGGAUUUUACGGUAAUCGGACUACAGACUCUUUUUAUUUCUCUGUCUUUGCAGUGCAGGCAACAAGUGAUUCCACCAUUGUCAAAGUAAUUCCCCCUCAAGUUCUUUGGAUUGCUAACCGAGCGAAUCCUGUCAAAGAAAACUCCACUAUAGAGUUUACAGACGAAGGGGAAUUGGUGCUGAAAGAUGCCAACGGCGCAUUUGUGUGGUCCUCUAGUACCUCAAACGCAGGUGUUGAUCAAAUGAAUGUUAGCGGCAAUGGCUCUCUUCAACUUGUUAGUAUGCUUGGGUUCGAUUAUAGUUCGACUUGGCAUGGCGAUAUUAUUUGGGAAUCUUGGGAUCUCCCCUCAGACACAUGGCUUCCAGGGCAAAAAUUACGGUUAUCACGCCAGCAGACACUAACAUCUAGCAUUUCUACCUCAAAUUUCACACCAGGUUCAUUUUACUUGUCUUUACAAACAGAUAAUUUGUAUGCAUUUAUAGAGUCUGAUCCGCCCCAGAUGUACCGGAAAAUUUUCCAACAAGGUAGUGAAAUCAAGCAAUUCAAAACCGGGAGUCUCCGAUUUCUAACAAGGGGAACUUACGUUGAUUACGUGUCUAAUAUAGAAAACUUCCAGUUUUUGAGACUAGAACCAAAUGGACAUUUGACGGUCUAUCUAUGGAUCCAAGGGUCCGUAUCAAUAGCUGAUGAUAUCUUAACUGACAAUUUAGGAAAUUGUUCUUACCCCACAGUUUGUGGAAAUUAUGGUAUUUGCUCAAACGGUGGAAGUUGUACUUGUCCUGCCAAUUAUUUCAUUACGUUGAAUUCAAGUCUUAUAUGUGAGGAAGCAACCCAGUUGUCCUGCCAAUCUUCCCAUAUGCACUCUCUUAUAGAGCUUGAUAGAGUUUCUUAUUUCAAUUUUGUUACAGAUUAUCCCAACACUGAUAUACAAAGCUGCAAAACAUCUUGCUUGAAAAACUGCGCCUGCAAAGCAGCCCUUUUUCAAUACCAUUUCACUACUUCAAGUGGCAAUUGCUCAUUCUUGUUACAGGUUUUCUCUCUAAUGACAACUUCACCUGGACUUCUUCCGUACAACUAUACAACGUUCGUUAAGGUGCAAAAACCUUUAGUUGCAUCUCGUCCUGCAAGCCCACAAUUUUAUGAGUCUGUACCUGAACCUCCAAGUAACCAAUCAAGAAAUUUGGCGACCAUUUUGGCACCAGUGUUGGUUGUGGCAACAAUUGUACUUUUCCUUAUUUGUUUAUGCCUGCGAUUUAUAAGACAAGGAAGAUCUAGUGGGGAAUGGAGAGAAGACAAUGCAGAUGAUGAGGAGUGGGAGAAUUCAUUACUUCAAGUAAACCUUAAAAGAUUCACUUACCAAGAUUUGAAAUCUGCAACAGACGACUUCAGCCAAAAACUAGGAGGAGGAGGAUUUGGUUCUGUCUUUGAAGGGACCUUGACUAAUGGCACCAAAAUUGCAGUGAAGCGCUUAGAUCGGUCUGGGCAGGGGAAAAAAGAAUUUUUAGCAGAAGUGAAGACGAUUGGCAGCAUACACCAUGUCUGCCUUGUAAAACUUGUAGGAUUCUGUGCUGAAAAUUCACACAAGCUUUUAGUCUACGAAUAUAUGAGCAAUGGAUCUUUAGAUAAAUGGAUCUUCAACAGAAAUCAAGACAAUACUCUUGAAUGGAAAAUCAGGAAGAAAAUCAUCUUAAAUAUUGCCAAGGGGCUAACAUAUCUUCAUGAAGAUUGCAAAAUGAGAAUUGCUCAUUUAGAUAUCAAACCGCAAAAUAUUCUUCUUGAUGGAAAUUUUGAUGCCAAAUUAUCUGAUUUUGGAUUGGCAAGACUAAUUGACAGGAAUCAAAAUCAAGUGAUAACUCAAAUUCGAGGAACACGAGGCUAUAUGGCUCCCGAAUGGUUAAGCAGGAAGAUCACAGAGAAAGUUGAUGUCUAUAGCUUUGGUAUUGUCAUUCUGGAAAUUAUCUGUGGAAGGAAAAACUUGGACUUCUAUCAACCAGAGGAAGAUGAUCAUUUACUUUUGUGGACAGUAAAACGAAAGGCAGAAGAGAAUCAAUUAAUGGACUUAGUUGAUAAAUGUAGUGAAGAUAUGCAGCAAAACAUAGAAGAAGCAGCAGAGAUGAUAAGAAUUGCCAUUUGUUGCUUACAUAAUGAUCCCACAAGGAGGCCUUCAAUGUCUACAGUGGUGAAGAUUUUAGAAGGUGUGAUUCCAAUAGAACCUGUAUAUGAUUAUGGGUUUUUAACAUCUACCGCGGUAGAAGCUCCUGAUGGAGUAGUGAUGGUACUAUCAGAUCCACAACCAGCAUCAAUCCUGUCAGGACCAAGAUGAAGCAAUAUAUAUAGUUGUUUGCAUCAAUAUCUGCUUUAUUGAUUAGAGCAACAAGAUUCUGCAGCAAGGGAUUUGUCUUCAACGGGAACAGCUGAAGUUAACUAAAACAAUGUACAAGCAUUGGUUUCCUCCUCCCAAUGGCUAGGUAAACUCUCGGUUCACUUUUCUUUGGUUGAAAGGAUUUGGGUUGAGAAGGUCACUUCUUCUAUCUUUAAUUUGACAUUAUUGGAUC